GUCGGGAACGCGUGUGGAUUGUCCACCAUCUCGGGCCCACACCACUGCGCACCUAACGCGUCUUGGAAUCAGUAUCAUCGUCAUCCAUCUCCACGGUGCAGCCAGCGGAUCCUCCACGAGCACUAAGGGAUGAAACGAAAAAGGCUACAUGUCCAUCGUCACAGCAAUGAGUGAGUCGCCGUCCGUCCACUCUGCAAAGCUUAUCUCGUUGGCCCGCUCACUUUCCGGACUUGGGCUCGACGCCACUAACGGGGCCCCCCGCGCUUUUGGCCUGACUGACAACGAUGAGCCUCCUCCACCGGACUCUGGCAUCGACCUCGGCCCAGGGCUCUUUUUCACCGACGGUAAGAGGAAGGUGGAUUAUGUGCUGUGCUACAAAUCCAAAAAAAGGCGGGCAUCCAAGGGGCGCCUCUCCAUCGCGUCCAACGGCAGCAUUCCUAUACCUGGCUUGUGGGAAAGGGAUCCAGAGUCCGCGGAGGCGGGAGGAGGACCUGCUUCGGGAGACGCGGAGGAGUCAAAGCUGUCCGAGGAGGAAAAGGCUCUCAUGAGGGAGGAGUUUGAAACCGAGCUUCUCAAUGCCGGACUGCAGAUAGAGCGUGAUAAAGAGAGGGCAAACGGCAUCAGUUUUAUCCGGCUCCACAUUCCAUGGACAAUCCUUAGUCGAGAGGCAGAACUUCAGAAGAUCAAAGUUGCUGUCAAAAAGAAAUGUGAGCUGCGGAAAAGGGCAGGAAUCGCAGGAAUGUGGGACUCCUUCAUCGCGAAAAUUAACACGCCGUUUCAACCAGACGUCCCUGAUUUCGACAUCCAGCGGGACCCGCAGACACGUGCACAAUUCAAGACGCUCAAACACCAUUUCAUCAGAGACAAGCUCCACUUGUAUGACAUCACGUCGACAGAAACUGUCUUUGACAAUGCGACACGCAGCAGAAUUGUUGCAGAGAUUAUUUCACGCACAGCCUGCAGGCACUCCUGCCAGACCACCGGCAUCAUGUCCUUAUUGGCUCGGGACGUUUACAUCUCAGCCUUCCCUUUACAUGACGGUCCAUUUUCCAGGAGAGGAUGUAAAGAACAGCGUAAUGACAGACAGGUCCUCCAUGAAGAAUGGGCAAACUAUGGAGUCAUGCACAAAUACCAGCCUGUGGACCUGAUCAGGAAGUACUUUGGAGAGCAGAUUGGCUUGUACUUCGCCUGGCUGGGUGUCUACACUCAGCUCCUCAUCCCUCCAUCCGUACUGGGUAUCAUCGUCUUUCUUUAUGGAAUCUUCACUGUGGACACCAACGUGCCAAGUCAGGAGACGUGCAACGACAACCUCAACAUCACCAUGUGUCCACUUUGCGAUGGAGUGUGCGACUACUGGCGGCUGAGUACGGUGUGCUCGUUGGCCAAAGCAUCCUACUUGUUUGACAACGGAGCUACAGUUCUUUUUGCCAUCUUCAUGUCUCUAUGGGCUGCUUGUUUUCUGGAGCAUUGGAAAAGGCGACAGAUGUGUUUGAAACACACCUGGGACCUGACCAGCUUGGAGGACGAGGAGGAGCGAGUCCAGGAAGAGCUGCGACCCGAGUAUGAAGAAGCAUUACAGGAAAAGAAAGCCAAAAUGAAAGAAAAGUGGAAAAGGAAGAUGACUCAAAGUGAGGACGGAGCGGACGGAGAGAGAGACCGGAUGCUUUCCAACCAGCUUGAGCCAGAGUCUCUAGACAUCGAGGAUCACAUGCCAGGUUACCUCAUCAACGUUUCCACACUACUGCUACUGGUUUUUGUGACGUUUUCAGCCGUGUUUGGGGUGGCCGUGUAUCGGAUAUGCAUGCUAAGCGUGUGGUCCAUGAACCCUGAUCACGAGGCCAAAGCCAGUGUGAGAAUGACGGUCACCACCACGGGCAUCAUUCUCAACAUGCUGGUGGUGCUGGUGUUGGAAGAGGUCUACGGAGCCAUUGCAGUGUGGCUAACUGAGCUGGAGCUCCCAAAGACACAGGAGGAGUUUGAGGAGAGGUUGAUCUUUAAGUCCUUCUUUCUCAAAUCCAUGAACGCUUUUGCACCUAUUUUCUAUGUGGCCUUCUUCAAGGGCAGGUUUUCCGGUCGACCUGGGGACUACGUUUACGUCUUUAGCGACUAUCGCAUGGAGGAGUGUGCGCCUCCAGGCUGCCUCAUCGAGCUGUGCAUCCAACUCAGCAUGAUCAUGCUCGGAAAACAGCUUAUUCAAAACAAUGUUUUCGAGGUUCUCAUUCCUAAGUUGAAGAAGAUGUACAGAAACAUACAAGAGCAAAAAGGCAAGGACAGAGGCACCGAGGACGAAAUGGACGAAGCCGAAGAGAAGCGAUCCAAGCAGCAGUUCCACAAGGAUUUUGCCUUGGAGCCCUUUGAGGGCGUGAGCCCGGAAUACAUGGAAAUGAUCAUUCAAUAUGGCUUUGUAUCACUGUUCGUGGCGUCCUUCCCGCUAGCGCCCGCCUUUGCUCUGCUCAACAACGUCAUCGAGAUCCGCCUUGACGCCGCCAAGUUUGUGACUGAGAUCCGGCGGCCGGACGCUGUGAGGUUAAAAGACAUAGGAAUAUGGUACAACAUUCUCUGUGGAAUCAGCAAGUUUUCUGUCAUUACCAAUGCAUUUGUGAUUUCCUUCACAUCGGAGUUUGUGCCACGCAUAGUGUACCAGUACAUUUAUAGCGGCAACGGCACCAUGAACGGCUACACAGAGCACUCGCUGUCCUACUUUAACGUCACCAACUUCCCGCCGGGCACUGCGCCCAACACGACAGUAUCCAUGUGCAGGUAUAAGGACUACAGGGAUCCACCAUGGGCACCGGAUGCUUACACCUUCUCCAAACAGUACUGGUCUGUUCUGGCUGCAAAACUGGUUUUUGUAAUAUUCUUUCAGAACCUCGCCAUGUUCCUCAGCAUGCUGGUGGCCUGGAUGAUCCCAGAUGUGCCACGGUCACUACGGGAGCAGCUGAAGAAGGAGAACAUGAUGCUGAUGGAGUUUCUGCUUAAUCAAGACCAGGAGGCCCACUCCAAAUCGCUCUCCAGCAAACAUCCCGUCUUUCCUUUUCCGGCCAACAUAGACAUUGUGGUGGAGGCACCAUCGGAAGAACAGCAGUUACAGAAGGAAGUGGAAGAAGAGAAUGAGGAGGGGGUGAAUGUAACUCAGGAGGACCCCUGUCGGACCAGUGACAGCGACUCAGAAGCUGGGAGGUCAUUUGAGGAUGUAGUGAGAACUGGAGUCAGAAGUUGUGGAUGUGAAGAAGAAAUUGACAAAAAAGAUGAAGAAAAGUCAAAGGAAAAUUUGGAGGAAAUGAAAGUAAGCGAGGAAGGUGAGCGAGACAAAGAAGACAAGAAGAGUGAACUUCAAGGGGAGGAAAAUGAGAACACAGCAAAUGAGGAAGACAAUUCAGUUGUGGAUUUGGAUGCCCUCAUGAUCCAGCUGGGCAUCAUAGGUGACGACAUCUCAUCAAUCAACGAUACCAAGAUUCCACAGUCAAGCUCUAAAGAACUUCUAUCCAAAAGAGCUUCCUGCCAUUCUCUAAGCAGCCCUCUGGCAGAAAUGACCCCCUCCCAUACGGACGCAAGGCUCUUUUCGCCUAUCGUUCCCCCGCCCCGGGAGCCGGGCGCCAGGGCCAAGGCCCGCUGCUUCACCCUGCCUUCACGCCACCGAGGGAAGGAGACGUCUUACAGUCUCCCCAGACCCAGCCACUCCAGCAGCCUCUCUAGGAUCCGUCUGGAGACUUCUCUUAUAUCGCUGGGGCCCCUCCAACCCGAAACUGAGUCACAGCAGCCGCCCCUCAGCUCUGGUGAACUCUUCUCGCUCAAAGGCCCUCCGCCUCAGCAGCCUCGUUCCAGGGGCAAAGCACGGUGCUCCACCUUGCCCUCCAGACACAGAGCUCCUGGUACCGAGGAGCCCCCCGCCAAGCCGAGUCAAUCUACCAGCUUCACAAAGCUGCGAGACAGAGUACCCCCUUCCCCCAGUGAACUUAAACGCAACACGCCAGUAUGAGUGGAGAAGAGAGACAGCAGAAAGAGACGUGGGGAUUGAGGGGGACACUCUCCAGAUUUUUUUUGUCUGUGCCUAGAGCCUUUGUUCCUUCAUAAUAUCCCUAUCCCAAGACCCUUCUUAUACUUUAUGUAACUAAUUAGCUACUAUUGACUGCGGCCAUCUUGACUGGGAGGAUUGGCAGUAAUCAUUCACUGACGGCCUCUCCUAGUCAAAAUGGACUAUUGUCCAUCACCGUCAAUGUCAGCCAAUGAGUUAAAUGUCACACAUAUUUAUACCACAAAGGACAAUUCAGAAAAAGUGACUGUGAUCUUCUGAAAUGCUCCCAAUCACUCAUCAAAGGAACAUAAAAUAUUUCUAUUGUUUAUAUUUCAUGGUUUUCACCUCACUGAUGCAGCUCAAAUAGCCCACGUUCAGCUUUCCCAAUGCGUCUCGUCACCGAGGAACGUGGGAGCUAUAGAAUCCACAGUUACGCUCGUAGAUCAAAUGUUUAUUUUUAGAGGUUUUGAUAUACAAAACAAGUCCAAAAGAUAAUAAAAUAACAACAUCAUUAUGGUCUGUUUUAUUAAAUUUCCUGCGCCACAAGAAGAUGGUGAUUACCCACUUUUUCAGUUUAAUAAUUCAUUAGUUUAUUACCUUUUAUUUCCGUUAUUUUCAUGCUAUUUACUGCAAUUAUGACUUUAUUACUGCGUUAACAUAGGUUAGUGAAGACAUGCCCAAACAAAUUGGACUUCCACAGUGCCCCUGUAGAUUAUGGUCCAGUGUUGGAAAUGGAUGAAAUGAGUCUUUGUUGUGGUAUUCUGGUAUGUUGCGGUUAUGGUUGAGAGUUUAGAGCAUUCACACUGUGGUCUAUUAGUUUCCUGCAUCAUAUUAUUAUUCAUUGUAAAAAUCUAAUACACUACACCAAUUGAUAAUUUCAAAACUGUCUUGUGUACCGUACAGUAACGUGUAUAAAUGCAGGGAAUAGGUGGAUAAACAGGUUCGUCUUUUACAUUCUGCCAUCUAGUGGAACAUUGUUUAAUUACUCUGACUGUCACUAUUUGUCACUGGUAUAGAUAGAAAAGCACUGAUACAGAAAUGCCUUAACUUCAUAGACGGAGCUUGUCUUUUGGGGUGGGGGCAAAAAAUAUGUUGAUGAUCCCGAAACGCAGUGUCAGCAAUAUAUACUAGUAUAUAUAUUAGGGCUGUCAAACCAUUAAAAAUUUUAAUUGAGUUAAUCACAGCUUAAAAAUUAAUUAAUCGUAAUUAAUCGCAAUUCAAACCAUCUAUAAAAUAUGUCAUAUUUUUCUGUAAAUUAUUGUUGGAAUGGAAAGAUGAGACACAAGACGGAUAUAUACAUUCAACAUACUGUACAUAAGUACUGUAUUUGUUUAUUAUAACAAUAAAUCAACAAGAUGGCAUUAGCAUUAUUAACAUUCUGUUAAAGCGAUCCAUGAAUAGAAAGACUUGUAGUUAUUAUGUUGUGAACGGCAAGCCGUUGAUCCGGAUCCAAAUCACAGACCAAGAAACAGAAAUAGUGAAUGUUUGUAUUUAAUAAGUACAACAAAGGGAGCGCGCCAAAAUUGCGAAUAUAACAAAGUACAACUAAGGGAGCACGCCUAAAAACGCGAGUAUAACAAAGUACAACUAAGAGAGCACGCUAUAAGACGCGAAUAUAACAGAGUACAAAAAUCUAACUACAAGUCCACAACAGCAUAAAAGUAAAAUGAACAAACCAGGACACGACCGCAGAAACAUCGGGAAGCUCGAAAGAUGAUGCACACACAGCGGUAAGCAAGGCAAGUAACACGCAAACAAGCAAUAGUCUGAACCUCGCAGACGGUGACAGGAGUCCUUAAAUAAUGAGUGCUCCUAAUGCACCACAGGUGUGCUGCAACGGCCCCGCCCAUCCAGCUGAAUCAAAUGCUGGAAUGAAAAAAUAACUGAGAAGGCAUACAGAUAUGACAUCUUAAAAGAUAAAUGUUGGUACAAGUUUUAGAAAUUUCAUAUUAAAACUAGGGCUGUCAAACGAUUAAAAUUUUUAAUCGAGUUAAUUACAGCUUAAAAAUUAAUUAAUCGUAAUUAAUCGCAAUUCAAACCAUCUAUAAAAUAUGCCAUAUUUUUCUGUAAAUUAUAUAUAUAUUCUGUAAAAUAAAUUGUUGGAAUGGAAAGAUAAGACACAAGAUGGAUAUAUACAUUCAACAUACGGUACAUAAGGACUGUAGUGGGCAUUUCACUCUACUGUCAUUUAAAUCUGUCUAUGCUGUCCUCACUCUGAAGCGUCUACUUUUUCCAAAGCUAGACAGCAAGUGAACGACGCCUUAAUAAUCAGACUUCUUCCUUUUUCAUCUGAUUUAUUAAUAAAAUGGCCUCAAACCACUGUCCUCUUUAGACCGUAGUGAAACAACAACAAAAAAGUACACAGCAUUGCAUUAGCAACAACGUUAGCUUAGCACGCUAUACAGGUUCACUAAACAUAAACAAAAAGCGUCUCAUACAAAAAAUAUAACAUUUCGCUUACUAACAUAAUAUGUACAUUCUUUACAACAACCAUACUUACGGACAAAUCUUGUCCAAGGAUCAUAUAAGCACAACAUUAUCAGCCCGAGACGUCGUGCAGCCAUAAUGAAGAAAAGAAGAAAAUAAUAAACCAUGUCGCAAAGCGACCACAAGAGUUCGCUGUUGGACAGCGCAAAAAGCCUUGCUGUAAAACUUACCAAAAGGCAGAAUACUUUCUGAGCGGGACAUGUGCGUUAAUUGCGUCAAAUAUUUUAACGUGAUUAAUUUAAAAAAUUAAUUACCGCGCGUUAACGCGAUAAUUUUGACAGCCCUAAUUAAAACCCCUCUUAAUGUUUUCAUUUUAAUAAAAUUUUCAAACAAAAAUUAAACUAGUAGCUCGCUAUUGUUGACGUACCCGAGCGAGACGUCGCAUGGGCUCCCUGCCGUAAAAUAAAAUCAGUCGCACCCUAGCGCCAGCAGAGGAUGACAAAACAACAAAAAAACCAUAAGAAAAACACAAAAACACACUCAUUUUAAUCUGUUUGAGCGGGGCAUGUGCGUUAAAUGCGUCAAAUAUUUUAACGUGAUUAGUUAAAAAAAAAAUUAUUACCGCCCGUUAACGCGAUAAUUUUGACAGCCGUAAUAUAUAUAGGUAGCCCCUGGGUUACCAUAUAUUCGACUUACGCACUUUUGACUUUACGGUGCUGUCUCGUCUGCUAUUUUGUCUCCAGUCUUUUUUUUUCUUGCACAAACAGUACCUAAUUGUACCUCACAGUAUAAAGUGGUACCACGACAUUGGAUUGCUUCGACACACGACCUUUUACACAUCUGAAGUCAAAUUUGACUCACAAUUUGUUUCUACAUCCGACGACAUGCUUGAAAUGCGACGGUUUAUGACAGCGCCGCAGUUUCUUUGCUCUGCCGGAAGACAGACGCACGGCAGAUUUUCUUGUGAGAGAAAACACGGGUCCCAGGGAUAGUGCAGGUGGUGAAAAGGAAAAAAGGUGAUGCUUCCCAAUGAAAUGAAGAUGGAAAUGAUAGAAAAAUAUGAGCGUGGUGUGCGCAUCUGUGAGCAGGCUUGACAAUACGACUGUAGAAUGUCUAUGAUCUCCACAGUCCUCCGACAACCUUCGUUCGCCAGUCUUUAUGAGUUAAGGUGACAAUUAUUAUUGUGGUAACAUCGCCAAAGAAAUCGCCAGCUUCAUCAGGUUUCUAAUCAUUUAUUCCAUCAGCUUGUGACCACAACACGCCUAUUGCAAGCAAGCACCAGUGACUCACACUGGCUUAGCCACUUCGGAGCCCUGAAACUAACAGAUAACUAACAAACGGCACAGAAUUUGUUAAAAACAACUCCACUGACUAAUUAAACCCCCGGUAACUAUAAGAUUAAGUCGUAUGUCAAAAAUUCUGAACUUCCCCGUUAAAUUCAGAGAUGGGAAAUACAUUUUUCGGCCACCUCAAUCUCCGCCUUUGCUUAACAUAUGAGUACCCCAACUUAAAACCUAGUACCGAAGCUAUUACUUGGUUAAUUUAUUUGAUUGAAAUUAUAAAUCAUGAUUUAAGUCAUGAGUUCUGAAUAGGUGAUGACUUGAACAUGGAAUUUUAAGUAACUUAGUUCACUUAAAGUGCGUAUGACAGGAUAAAGAAAAAGUCUUAAAUAGCAUUAUUAUGUGAAUUAGAAUCAUAUUUUGAGACGCUUCGACUAUAUACAACAAUUUGGCAAAGUGCAGAUGACGAGAAAUUAGUGUUUUAUUCAGCCUUCUAGCCACACCUACCAUUAUAAGGCUCUAGCGGACCCAACAGGUGGAUGACGUCAGCGGGAGAAUGGUUUCGUCUGAUUUAGCAGGCAGCCCCUUGAGCGGGAAUUAUUCAGAACGAGGAAAAUGCGACGAAGAGAGCCGCAAAAUGUCAUUGUUUCAGUCUCUCUACUCCAAUAUUUUUAAAGGAUGUUCUUUUUAUUGAAGUAUUUUCCCCAAUUGCUAAAUAAAUGGUAUGGUCAUGACAAAUAACAAUCUUGUGCUAAAUGGAAUAUGAAAUAAUAAAAAUGCAUUUAUUCAGUACGACAUGGCAAAAUUACUCCAUAAUGGUCAAAACUGUCGACUUCACCUUUACUGUCACACCUCCCGAAAGCUAUAUUGUUCCGCCGUACUUAGUCAGGCUUUUGACACCCCCCCCCCGACUUCCGCGAAUUUAAACAAGCCAAGAGGCGUGACAACUAGCCGACAUGCUAACCCGAACCGAGUGACGUCUCAAAGUCUUAUUUUUGCUCUUGAAACAAAAAAAUAAAUCACACAAAACUAGCCCAGAUCAAGUCACACUGCUGCGGGGUUGUCGAUUGUCUUCGCCGAUCGGUAACCUGUCCAGCGGAGAGCAAGUCACAGCUCGUUCCCCUGCUACUAUGGACAGGAGAGCUCGCCGGGGAAGCAGCUGGAGAGUACCUCCGGACAAACCGGCCAACGUCGGAGGAACGCAUAGCUGCCAUAUGGUCAACACGAGUAUAAAGAAAAAUAAUGCUUUACUACACGGCGACGACAUAAACAAAGAGCAGCGUGCAGUUGUUGUGCAGCCAACAUGACAGAAAGAAUGUGUUCUUAGGAGAUCAUUUCUACCUGCCCAUCCAUUAUGAAACAAGUAAGCAAGUAAAUAGUCCUUUAUUUAAAGAAAGUUUGUAGUGUUUACUUUGCAAUCGCUGUAUUCGCGGCCAUUCUUAACACAAAGUUGCAAUUUCUGAUGGGGUUGAAAAUUUGACAGAACACCGGGCACAUGAAGGAGACAAUAAACCGAGUACAGUGCACUCCCGGCGGGGGGAUGUGUGACAAGCCACCGGUGUCGUCGGCCGAGUCGACAAGGAGCAUGUCAGCCGCAAAAUGCAAGCCACCUACGUAUUAAAAUGAUUCCAGUAUUUGACAUAAUACAAAACACGAUGUUUACUCACUUCCUCGUA